AUGGCGUCACCAGCGCGCCUAACCCGCGCAACACCAGCCAGACAUCUCCUCCGAUCGACCUUCCGACCUCAGACUCCCAAGACCCGUCCUUAUCACUCCUACGAAACUCCCCAGCCGUCGCCCUACCCGCCGACCGAAUCUGCCAUCCUCUCUUCGGCCCUCUCACACGUCCCCAAUCAUGGCUUCACCACCGAAUCCCUUCGCCUUGGCGCUCGUGAUGCUGGAUACCUGGAUGCUUCGACGAAUCUUUUCCCGCGGGGAGCUUUCGAUUUAGUACAGUAUCACCUCGUUACCCGGAGACUGGCCCUCAAAGAUGCGGUGCAGUUUCCGGAAAAGCUGGGGGUUGGUGCUAAGGUCCGAUGUUUGGCGCUUGAGAGGUUGAGAGCGAAUAGGGAGGUCAUUCAUAGAUGGCAGGAGGCCCUAGCCCUAAUGGCCCAGCCAACCUACAUCCCCGCCUCCAUCGCCGAGCUCGCCCGCCUCGCAGACGAGAUAUGGUUCCUCGCCGGCGACACCAGCGUCGACACGAGCUGGUACACCAAGCGCGCCAGCCUGUCUGCCGUCUACUCCGCCGCAGAGGUGUUUAUGACGCAGGACCAGUCGUCAGACUUCAAGGACACGGAGCGCUUCUUGGAUUCGCGGUUGGAGGAUCUGAAGGCUGUGGGGACUGCGGUAGGGAGUGUGGGGGAGUGGGUGGAGUUUACGGGACAUUCGUUUGUGAACUUGGCGAGGAGUAAGGGGGUGAGGAUAUGA